AUUAUUGAGCAAAAAGUGGUUUUCUGCUCGGUAAACAGGUUUCAUUGACUGUUAUCUUUGUUUUAUAAUUUCCAACUCUCAGUCGCGAUGUUGUGCUCCCGACAGUAGAUUGUCAGAUUCAAGUGUAUCAUUUUUGACAGACGUAACUACGGACUAGAAAGCGUCUUUAUUUAGACGGUUUACGUGAUAAAUGUUUUUUUGUAACGUGACAGAUUUUCUUUAAAAUUAUCAUUUAUGAAUAAGUGGACCGUAAAAUGUUUACGCUUAAUGUGUUUAAAUAAUAUUUUGGCAAAACGUCGAUGUACUCACAUAAAACAACAUCUGUGCUAGUGGCAUUUUAAAUACUAUAAGUGCUUCUGGGAUUGCUUGACAAAAUGUAUGAAUUGGAUCACAAAAAGGAAGCUAGCUGCGAUUCAAUAAAUGACGACGUCACGCCUUCACAAACCCAAUCAACGAUCACAUUGCACCGAGACGGGAAAUAUGAAGACACUCUCAAAUAUGACCCAUUCCAGCACCGCAACGUCGCCCACCCUACAUCCACGUUGGGUUCGUUUUGUCACCUUCUGAAGUCGUCCCUGGGCUCGGGUCUGUUCGCGAUGCCCGCGGCGUUCAAGCACGCGGGGUUGAUUCCCGGCUGCCUCGGCAGCUUCCUCGUCGGGUUCAUAGCCACACACUGUGUUCACAUAUUGGUGCGCACUUCCCGGGAGUUGUGCGAAGAAUUCCGAGUGCCGUCGCUGAGUUACACCGACACUUGCGAGACGGCCUUCUCACACGGCCCGAAAAGAGUUCGACAGUACUCCAGACACGUCAGAUAUUUCGCCGAUUUUGCUAUGGCGGGGGUCUGUAUAGGCGGGACUAGUGUUUAUGUGAGCUUUGUCUCAUCUUCACUCAAAGAUAUAUUCGAUAGUUUUUUCCCGGACUACAAACUAGGCUACACAGCAUACUGCGCACUCAUACUCUUACCUUUAAUACUAAUAACGCAAUUCAGAUACCUCAAGUUUCUGGUUCCGUUCUCUAUAGCAGCGAAUAUGUGCCUAGUCGUUACUUUUCUCAUAACUUUCUAUUACAUAUUUACUCAUAUACCUGCGAAGUUUGAGAGCUCGUUAUCGGUCAGUGCUCAAGAAUGGCCCCUGUUUGUAAGCACAGUAUUAUUUGCGAUGGAAGGGAUAAACGUGGUGAUGCCGGUGGAGAACGAGAUGGCCAAGCCGCAGCACUUCCUGGGCUGUCCCGGGGUGCUCAACGCCACCAUGAUCCUGGUCACCCUACUGUACACGGCUAUCGGCGCGACCGGCUACCUGGCGUACGGUGACCAGGUGCUGGGGAGUGUCACCUUGAAUUUACCGCAACAUGAAAUAUUUGCAUUAAUAGCUAAGUGUCUAGUCGCAGUGGCCGUGUUCUUUACCUACUGCCUGCAGAUGUACGCCCCCAUGGACAUCAUAUGGACAAGGAUGAGGAGCAGGGUCGAGGAGAAAUACCAUAACGUGGCCCAAAUUGUGCUGAGGACUGGAAUUGUUGUUGUCACAGUGAUACUAGCUAUAGCGGUGCCAGAUCUGGAGCUGCUGAUCGGCGUGGUCGGGGCCAUCUUCUUCUCGACCCUCGGCCUGCUGAUCCCCAUCGUGGUGGAGACGGUCCACAAGUGGGACCGCGGCCUGGGUCCGUUCAAAUAUGUCCUGUGGAAGAACGUGCUUCUGCUUCUGUUCUAUAUUGUAGUGCUGUGCUCCGGCUGUUAUGCCUCAAUAAGUGCUAUUGUUGCUAAGUACUCCACACAUUUGUAAAGUGGCUGUUGGAAUUUGAGAGGUUAAUUAGUGAGAUUUUUGCAAAUAAAACAUUCAGCUUAGAUCUGUUGA